GCCGCAGGGCCCGCAGCGGCCGCCACCCGCGCGCCGGCGUCCGGGGAGGACGCGGAGGAGCCAUGAGCCGCCGGGCUGGGAGGGUGGCGGCGCUGCUGCUCGGGCUGCUCCUGGAGUGCACAGAAGCAAAAAAACAUUGCUGGUAUUUUGAAGGACUCUAUCCAACAUAUUACAUAUGCCGCUCCUACGAGGACUGCUGCGGCUCCCGCUGCUGCGUGCGGGCCCUCUCCAUACAGAGGCUGUGGUAUUUCUGGUUCCUCCUGAUGAUGGGCGUGCUCUUCUGCUGCGGAGCCGGCUUCUUCAUCCGGAGGCGCAUGUACCCACCGCCGCUGAUCGAGGAGCCUGCCUUUAACGUGUCCUAUACCAGGCAGCCCCCCAACCCCACCCCAGGAGCCCAGCAGCCGGGGCCGCCGUAUUACACUGACCCGGGAGGACCGGGGAUGAAUCCUGUCGGGAACACCGUGGCAAUGGCCUUCCAGGUCCAACCCACCUCACCCCAGGGGAGCACGGCCUACCCACCCCCUCCUUCCUACUGCAGCACGCCCCCGCCCCCCUACGAACAGGUGGUGAAGGCCAAGUAGCAGGUGCUGCGGCGGCGUGCUGGAGGAGAGAUGGGGGCGGGCCUCCCACCGGCUUCUCCUGUCCCCACUGAUGUUCGCAUCUAGGGAUGGCCUGAUGAGCCACCGAGGACAGAUUCCUCUUUGAUAUCUUCAAAGCAAGCACAGCUCCCUUUCAAGUUUUCCAUGGAGGACAGUAUUUGAAUUCACACUGCCUCUUCUGUUCCUUCUGUUUCUGAUGUGAUCUGUUCUCUCUGGCAGAGUGUGGUGACAGUCCCCAAGGGUUGUCGUUCUUAGGGUGGCCUGACCAUAUCCCCAGGAGAGAGACUCAGAGGAGGAGGAGGAGGGCAGGGCUGGGAGGUGCAGGUGGCGUGGAGGAGCCAGGCCCAGGCGGGCGUCCUCCCAGCAGACGGAAGCCCCACUGCACGCAGCUGGCAGCGUGGCCGAGGCAGGUCAGCCGCUGCGGCCCAUCCUCCCGUCAGUCUUCCUCUCGUCAGAGCUGCCUGAGAGACAUUCAGGGGAGAGCCAGCCUCUUGACACCUGUCUGUCAAGACGUUCACACCCGGUGGCGGGCUUCCCUCAGCUCACUCUGCGCCAGGGCAGCGCAGAGUGAGCCGCUCUCGUGGCAAGGUGAUGGCCCGGAGCCAGGCUGAGCCGGACGUCAGCCGUUAUCUGAAGAUCACUAAGGAAAGCUAUUCAGAUUCAGGGGAAAUCGCUUCCUGCUCCCAACUGGGACACUGUGUUUUGUGAGUUCUUGGUCUGACUUGGAAAACAAAUGUUGCCCCCUUUUUAGUGUUCAUAGAAGUGUGUAAUGUCUGGUCCUUCGAGGUCAGACUGGGAGUGUAUCUUCCCUGGUGUCACUGCCUCCCCAGUGUUCUCAGGCCCAGAGGGCUUCUACACCCCCCACCCCUCGAGGCAGCCCUGGUGGGGGUCUCAUGGGCUCUCAUAGCAGAGGGAGAGACCAGAGAGGUGCGUUUAGCAGGGAGUUCUGUUCUACCACGUAGUUAGUAGUGUUGAUGUGUAUUUAAACCCAGGUUGAGACCUAUGUAUCGUGUGAUACUACGAGGAAAGCUGUGUGGCCCUGGGGCCUAGAAUACUGUACGUGUAGUUUCGUGGAGAAGGGGGUGGGGGGCACUUAUUUUUUAAAUAAACUAAUCGGAGCCUCUUGAGGAACUGUUACUCGUUGAACUGGAGCAUCAAGACAUCUCCCCCGAGAGGAUGCAGAAUGUCAUCUAUUUCCCCAGACCAGGAGGCUUGGUGUCCACACUCUGCCUGGGCGUUUAUGUGGGGUGGGGGUGAGGAACGCAGAGGGCAAAGUAACCACUUGGACUUACGUUACUCUAAGGACGUAGAGUCAGAGCUCCAGGGAGUUCUGAGGGAAAUGCUCGGGAACAAGAGGAGCAGCCUCGGAGGCACGGUUUGUGCACACAGAUGCUGCCACGGGCGUCUCUGGACAUCCUCGUGUGAUCUCUGACCUCGUGCCCCGGCGGCAGGACCUCCCCACACUCCAGGCCUUGAUUUAAAUGAGACAACAAAGCACAACUUUUGCUGUUUACAAUGGAGACAACCACACGGGUCCAAAACGUUUCUCUUCUUCCAGGUCAUUCGUUUUGCAUUUUUAACUUCAGUUUCUCCCUUUGCUGUUUUUAAUGAAGAGGCACACUAAGAGCCGCCCCUGGAAUUGGGGCGGACACAGCCGAAGAGGCAUAUAAAUGUCCAGGACUAAAUUUCCUUCAUCUUUUUGAUAGCAAAUGAGCCCAAGUGACUGAAUGAUGGGCGGGGCUCACCGAUUUUGCAUUCCCAUGUUUGUGUCAGAUACAUUUUGUUGUCCCCUGAACCCACUUAGAAUCCUGCUGCAGUGAACACUGAAACUGUAUGCGGAAGUCCUGCUCCUGGGGACAUUGCCGUCGUCGUUUCCUUUGUGCUGUUGGCGGGUCGCGGCCACCUCUUAGAGUGAGUCCAGCUCCUGUGUGUGGGCGUCCCGUGGAGUCGGGGUUAGGAGUGAACUUGAAGCAGACCUGUGCGUGCUCCCUGUGCGACACUUGGCUCCUUUCUCUUCUCUGUUCUCUUUUGAUAGGGUCCUGUUUCCUACGUACGCCAA